UUUAGAAGACGUCAUCACCGGAUAUUUUGGAAACGGAUGGUUUAGCGGCGUAGAAUUUAUUUUAUUUCUCUCACUCCCACGUUAUUUUCUCUGACUAAAUGGACACACUGUGUUUUUUCUUUGACACCCGAACUAACCUGAGAUAACCGCUGGCUUUGUGUGACAUGAAAACGUUUUGUUUUCAUGUUGGUUUAUCUCGAAAAAGUGAUUCCCGUUCAUAAAUGCCUUCCGCUUUUACAUGGACUUUCUGUCUUCAGGCAUACUUUUGGGAAAACCAAGUUACUAAUUAGUGUCAGCGAAAAAUGCCUAAAGAACACCGAAAGAGAAAAGAAAAAGACGACAAGGAUUUAAGGAAAGAAGAUGACAGAAGAAAAAGUCUUAAAAGGAAGGGAGAAAUCAGAGAGAGACCUGAAAGAUCUACUAGCCAACAGAAAAAAUCCCGGAAAGAUGAUUUCCCCAAAACGCAUUCGACCACAAAACCUGACCAUGGAAGGACAAAAACACACACAGAAGAGCAGAAACACACUAAAACGAAGAGACACAGAUCCAGAAGUGAUUCUGGGCAACGUUGUGGGAAAGGCUAUGGAAAAGAAGAAAAACAAAAUGCUUCUGGUCAUAGUAAAAAAACUAGUGGAACUACACAGCAGGAAAUGAAACACUUAAAAUCCUCAAACAGCAGCAAUGCAGCUUCAGCUUCUCGGGAAACCAAGAUCGCAAAAGAAAGGACGGGUAAAAUAAGUUCUCGGGGUGGCUCUUUAGGUUUGUCUGUACUGGAUGUUCUCAAGCAGAGUGUAAAAAAAAAAGCUGAAAACCCUUCAAGGACUCGAUGUGACAACAGCAAUAGCCGCACUCGGGGGCCUGCCUCUGCUAUUUUCAAGGAUUUUCCACAGCAGAAAAGCAGAGAAAAAGUGGAAAACAGCCACGUAAGGCAUCAGGCUAAAGAGUUACUUGCUAAAAGAAGCCCAAGUAAAAAUUCACACGAUUUAUCUGCCUGUGUCUCAGACAAAUCUUCCAGUUCAGCCAAGCACCCAACCUCAGGAAGUAAUUCAGAGUUGUGGAAGACGGUCACUUCAACCUGUAAAAGGGAAUCACCAGCAUCACAAAUGACAACGUCGCUUCCACAUACUGGGAAAGAAAAGCUUUCUCAAAAAUUUCUGCCUUUCAAAUUUAGGAUACCAAAAAAGAGUCAGACAAAGCCCGGAGAGAAAUCAGAAAGAAACAACAAUGUUACAUCUACAAACCAAAAAGUCGAGAACACACACUUCAGUAAAAAACUUCUAGACUCUGGGCUUUUAGAAAGGAAACCUGAGCUUAAAUCUGCUCAGAGCUGCACAGUUUUGCACGGAGGACAAGAUAAGGUCCUGUCUCCGAAUGUCCAGCUCCCACCUGCAGAGGAUUCCAGUGAUAAGCACGGUUCUGAACAGGCUAAAGUAGUGGAGGAGAUUCAGAACGCCCGCUCUGAGAACAGACUGGAGGUAAAUGUCACGCAGAGCUAUGGUGAACUCACCUCUAUGGACAUAGAUUCUGCAGAGGAAGGACCUGUAAACACGCCGUACCAACAACCCUGUCAGCAAGAGCUAAUCCUCAUUCUGGAUACAAAUAUUCUCAUCAAGCACUUAGAUUAUGUGAAAAAAAUUAAUUCUCAUGGCCUUGGAGCGCUGGGCUUCCCUGUUGUCCUGAUCCCCUGGGUGGUGCUGCAGGAGCUGGAUUACCUAAAAAAAGGACGAGACAAGUUAAAUAAUGUGGCUCACCUUGUAAAUCCCGCCAUCUCCUUCAUUUACAACGCUUUGAAGCGCCGGGACCCUCGCCUGUGGGGGCAGUCUAUGCAGCAGGCUGCCAUGAGCAGCGACGGUCUGAAGAGUGAGAACAACGACGACAGAGUGCUGCAGUGCUGCCUGCAAUACCAGAAACUGUACCCAGAGUGCGCUGUCAUCUUAUGCACCAAUGAUAAAAAUCUGUGCAGUAAAGCUGUCCUGAGUGGGGUGAAGGCUCUGUGUAAGAAUGAUUUGGAGGUAGAGGUCAGGACGUCUGGACAUCUAAUCCUUCAGAGCUCUCGACCUCAAGUCCUCCCUCGUACCGCUGAGGUCACGUUAGACACGAAUCAUGCCGAAGUCCAGCCAUGUGGUCAGAUGGAAGCUGUGGAUGCUAUCAACGAAGAUACCCAGAAGCAAAGGGAAGGAAACGAUAAGCGGAUGAAACUGGAACUUAGCAGAUGCCUGUUUGAGCUAGAAGAGUGUCUGCGGGAGGUGCUGUCUGAUGUGCUGGAGGUGGAGAUGAAGGCUGCAUUUGGGGACAUUUGGAAAGACAUUAUUUUGAUUAAACCGCCCUGGACCACGCUUCAGGGUGUCUUGCAAUGUUUUGACAAGCACUGGAUAGCGGUCUUUGGAUUUGUUGUUCCACGGAAAAUGAAUGAAACACUCUCACACCUCAUCCAUUUCUUUCGCUCAGGGCAAUCUGUGAACAGCUGCUCAACCUCAGCAAUCCUCCAGGAAGCAAAGACGUUCAUAGGAGCGUUUUGGAAAAGUUCGAGGCUCGUACCUCAGGCCGUCACUACCCUGGAAAAUCUUUACAAUACGCUGCAGCCUCGGCGCGAUGUGUUUUUGGAGGAAGAAUCAGUUACCGGUGAUGUCACCAUGAAGGAUGAUGAUGAUGUUGAAGGCAAACCAACCGUCCCUGCUCGGGUCGCUCCUCAGGAAGUGUGGUCCAUGUUUGAGAACAUCUGGUCUCACAUGUUUCAGACAAGUUUGGACGUGUUCAAAGGGCUCGGAUUUGACCCUCACACCAUGCAGACCGCGACACCAGUGGGAGGUCCCGCACCACCGCCACAGGACACCAUAGCCUGUUUGCAAAAACUGUCCUCUGUGGUCUCACAGCUGCUCCAAGCAUUCAGCAGCUUCUUUUGCUCAAGCCCUGAUCCAAACGAAGUCCGGAAUCUGCUCAACAUCAUCUAUUCCAUCAAGAUUGAUAAUGAAAACUGCAGAUUAACAGCUGAAGAUCUCUAUGAUUGUUUCACACAACCACAUUACAGGGAGAAGCUGCGAGUUGGAGGCAGUCAGCUGAUGGAGCUAAAAAAGGCCUUGGACUGUUGUGCUCAGACCUUGGGUCAACACACCGCCUUCAACGGUGCUGAAACACCAAACAGAUGCUGAAAAUCCAACCAAACUUCAAUCAAACUGUUCUGGAUCUGUUUACUCGUGUCUAUAUCAGAACAACAUUCUUCUCCAAACUAAUGAAGGUCUACUAAUGUUUAGUUGUUUUGAAAGGUUUCACCCAUUAUAGAGUUUGCAUAGAAAAGUCUGUUGAGGCUUUUUCUCGGUUUUUGGACCAGAUGAUUGUGGAAGGAUCUUUGAAAUGCCACUGAGCCUUACAAUUUUUUUCUAAUUAGCUUCAGUGGUAGCUUCUACCGAAAGAUGCUCUCUGACUGAAGCCUGGUUCACACCGGACGCAACACAGAUGCGGUCCGGUUUCCGUGCGGCUUCUGCGUAGAUCAAAAAACUUUGGUUCCAAUCAGAGCAUUCACACCGGCUGCGGAUCCAGAUGUGAAACUCCCGCUAGUUUCCACGUGGAGUUUAUUUUUCCAGAUGUCUCAUUCGGAUUGUCAUGAAGUUAAAACAAUUACAUGAGCCAGACAGGAAGUGAGACAUGUUUCAGUGAGGUUCAUCCUGUAUAUUUCAAAAUAAAACCAAAUUAUAUUUGCCAUUUUGUUUAAUUUUUAAUGACAGGGAUAUCAGUUCAGUGUGUUAGUUCACGUCGUUUUUACAGCAAUGUUUUUAAACAUAUUCUCCUCUGGUGGGAUCAGUUAUCCGGAGACAUUCAUCUGUAGUUGGUGUAAGUGGCAGUCCGCCUGGAGGCCGUGCAGUAACCGGGCUGUCUCUGUACCACAGCUGGUGUGAAACCGCCUUUAAGCCCCUUUCACAUCGAGUGCUGAAUGGAUGUGGAACAGAAUCUAUUAGGCUUCUGGUCAGACUGCCAUUUACACCAACUGCAGAUCAUGUGUGAAACAUCUCCCCAACGUUGCUCACGAGUUCACGCACUACGUGUGUAGAGAUCAUACUAUCGUACACUGUAACCAAUAUCCCUGUCAUCAAUUAUAACGAAGCAUUUUAUUUUGAAAUCAACCAGAUGCACCUCACUGCCACACUUCUCACUUCCUGUCUGGUUCAUGUUAUUUCUUCAACUUCAUGACAAUUUGGCUGCAGCAUCUGUAAAAAAAAAUGGCAACCACAUGGAAAGAAGGAUCUGGAUCCGGUGUGAAUGCCCUGAUUGGGCUCAGUGAUUUUCAGUCUUUGCAGAAACCGCACAGAUUCUGAUCCACAUUUGUUCUGCAUUCAGUGUAAACGAGGCAUAAACCUUAAAUAGGGAAAUAUUUUUGAAUAAACUGGUUUUGAUAUUUUUUAGUGUUCUAUAAAAAUACUAUGUUCAUGCAAAUAUGUUCGAGCUAAGAGCUGGGGCUCGUUUGCUGCAGUUGGCUGCUAACCAGCUGACUUAACCCUCAUCGCUGACAGAUCUAUCUAUGCAAACAUGAGGAACAAAAUUUGGUUUUCAUACCCAUUAAUCCUGCUUUCUCUCUCCCUCUGUGUGGGUGAAAUUACACCCAUCACUCAGUUUUCAUUUCUGCAGACUGCGCAUGUGUCUGUCCCAGCCAAGUCUGCUGGUUCUGACCAAACCAGAGUAACAACUAAGAUCAGAUGCAUUGUUUUGAAAAGUGCUUGAUUUACAAAAAUCUGAGAUAUUUUUCUAGCUUUUCAGCAAAAGUUUAAUUAAUGUAACACAAGAUGGAUUAUUAUUAAGAUCUUUCAGUUAUUUGGAAAUGUUGACGUUACAAUAUUUAUUUAAAGAGGAAGGGAUUAAGGGUGUGUUUUAAAGAACGAAAUAGAGAAGAGCUCCAUUAUUUAUCCAGUUAUUGACACGCAGGUAGAAUAAACACAAAUAUAAGCUUCUCCAAUAAUUUUGUUUUCCAGUUAAAAUUGAGAAUGAAUGGGAAAAUUCAUAAGUUUGACACAUUUGUGGCUUUAUACGCACGGAAGAGUUUUUAUUGUUUUAUACAGAUAAAUUAAACAUUUGUCAAAGA